AUGGACGUUUCAGCCAGCAAUCCAAUAUUCCAUCUCCGCCUCGCAACACCAGACGACAUCCCCACGCUACGUCUCCUAAUCGACGCUUCAGUGCGGGGUCUCCACACCGCGCACUACACGCCUACCCAGAUCAGCAGCGCGCUAAAGAACGUAUACGGCGUCGACACGCAGCUGCUCCAAGACGGGACGUAUUUCGUAGUCGAGACCCCAACCACAGCAGCAGGGAGCCGCAUCGUAGUAGGCUGUGGGGGCUGGUCACGCCGCGCGACGCUGUAUGGGGGAGAUGUCUUCAAUUCGCGAAAUGAUAAUGUGUUGGAUCCAGAGAGGGACGCGGCGAAGAUCAGGGCGUUUUUCGUGCAUCCUGAGUGGACGAGGAGGGGCAUAGGUGGGAUCUUGUUGAGGGCUUGUGAGGAGGCGGCGAGAAGGGCGGGGUUUAAGAGGGUGGAGAUGGGGUCUACGUUGACUGGGGUGCCGUUUUAUGCAUCGUGUGGUUAUGGGGAGUUGAUCGGGGGGAGGGUGGAGGAGAGGUUGGAGAAUGGAGAUGUGUUGGCUAUUGUGAGGAUGGGGAAAGAGCUGGUGUGA